CACCUGCCACCAACGCCUCGAUUGUCUGCGUCCACCUCCACGUCACUGUCCGUUUCGCACCUUAUUCCUUGCGAUCCUGACUCGGCAGGCGUUUCUCUUGUUUGUGUACUUUCUUCCAGUCUGCUUCGCAGCCCACUGUCGCAACAAUGGCUGGCCGAUUCGUUCGAUCGUCCAAGUAUCGCCACGUCUUUGGCAAAUCGACGCGCAAGGACUCCUGCUACGACAACCUGCGCAUCAGCCGAAAUGCCUGGGACACCAAUUUGGUCAAGGUCAACCCCGAGUACCUCUCCGUCAAUUGGGACGCCUCCGGUGGCGGCGCUUUUGCAGUCAUACCAUUGAGUGAGCGCGGCAAGCUCCCCGACCAGAUCCCCUUGUUCCGUGGGCAUACCGCCGUCGUCCUCGACACCGACUGGAACCCCUUCAACGAUCGGAUCGUGGCGUCUGCUUCGGAAGAUGGCAAGGUUUUUAUCUGGGAAGUGCCGCAAGACUUUACGCUGUAUACAGAUGCGGAGGAAAUCACGGACGUGUCCCCCGUCAGCAAGCUGGCCGGUCACUCAAGGAAAGUCGGACAGGUCCUGUUCAACCCCGCCGCCGAGAACAUUCUGGCCUCCGCGUCCGGCGAUUUCAACAUCAAGAUCUGGGACAUUGCCACAGGUCAAACGCCUCUGGCCCUCAAGCAUACCGAUAUCGUGCAGAGCUUGACAUGGAACGCCAGCGGUGACCUCCUGGCCACGACCUCGCGUGACAAGAAGCUCCGCGUGUGGGAUGUCCGUCAGGAGAAGCCGAUCCACGAGGCGCCCGGCCAUGCCGGCGCCAAGAACAGCAGGGCUGUCUGGAUGGGCGAGCACAACCGUUUCGCAACGACAGGUUUCUCGCGGAUGAGCGAGAGACAGAUUGCGCUGUGGGAGCCUGGCAGGGCUGAGCCCAUCGGCGGAUUCACAAUGGUUGAUUCCAUCUCGGGUGUCUGCAUGCCUUUCUGGGAUGAUGGCUCCAACUGUCUUUACCUUGCCGGCAAAGGUGACGGCAACAUCCGAUACUACGAAUAUGAGAACGAUAAGUUUGAGUACUUGAGCGAGUACAAGUCUCUGGAGCCUCAGCGCGGUCUGGCAUUCAUGCCUCGUCGUGGCAUCAACGUUCACGAGAACGAGGUCAUGAAGGCUUACAAGACCGUCAACGACGCCUACAUUGAGCCAAUCUCUUUCACCGUGCCCCGCCGAGCCGAGACUUUCCAGGCCGACAUCUUCCCUCCCGCCGUCGGCAACAAGCCUGCCAUGUCGGCCAAGGAAUGGCUCGAUGGCAAGACUGAUGUCCCUGCCAAGAUCGACCUGGAGAGCGUGUACGAGGGUGUCGCGCCUAAGGAAGUGGCGUCUGACUUCAAGGCGCCAGCCAAGGUCGAGCCGGUGCCCGUGUCGAAGCCUGCACCAAAGCCUGAGCAGCCCAAGCAGGAGGUGCCGCCACCCGCUGCCGCGGCGCGUUCGCCCCCGCCUACCAUGACGGAGCAGAAGGGCUCCAUUGCUGCGAUGGCCAACAAGUUUGCCGACAACGAGCCUGAGGAGGAGGUAGAGGACGACGAUUCUAGCUUCGAGGAAAUCUCCAAGCCUACCCGUGCUCCGACCCAACCUACGCCAAAGGCCGAGCCUAAACCUGCUGUGGCUCCAGCCCCGGCCAAGGUGCAAACCAGCGCACCGGCUCCCGCGCCCGCGCCUGCGCCUGCGCCCGUCAAGGUUUCGUCGCCCCUCAGAUCGCCCGUGCAGGCCACCGCGGCUUCUUCUUCGGCCCCUACCUCCACCAACGGCACCGAGACUUCUCUGGACCAGAUCAAGCAGCUCAUUGAGGACCAGACCAAAUUGAUCAACUCGCAGAACGACACCAUUAGCAAGCUCUCGCAGGAGGUUCAGAACCUCAAAAUGGCAGUGGGCUCUGCUGGUUCCUCAGGAUCACAGGACCAGAGUGAGAGGAUUCGGCAGCUGGAGCUCGAGCUCGAGGAGGCGCGCUCCUGAAGCAGUUGUUGGUCUUUGGCUUUUGUGCAUACUAGUGUCAAGUGAUGUCUAACGAGUGUACAUGUGGUCGGGGAUUAGGGUGUUCAAAGUUGGCGGUGGGAUGUUGCAGGAGUGACCUGUGGGAUGUACAAAAGGGGUUGGGAGGACGGGGAUCGGAGGCUAGAGAGUCUUUUAGAGCGAGAGCCUUGAAAUAUAUACGAGCGUUUGUGCUUGCCUGUUGACCGUGUGAGGUGAUGAGUACAAACAUGAAAGGAUGCUCACAGCUCAAGGUCUUUCGUCUAAACGCAGAGUUUGUACGAAGUACGUCGGCGCAAUCCGACCUACCCUACAACGCGGACUGCUAUCACCUUUCAGGUCGACUUCUUUUCGAUUUCACAAUUCGUAGCCUUGAUGAUUUGAUUACACAAGAGAUUCGGGAUUUCUCAUAAUGAGACAGUUUGAUUUGGUG